UCUCAAAUUUAAUUUCUCGCUCAUUUUGGUUCAUACAACCGACAUAUGAUACAUGCUUGUAUAGAUGGUGAGAAGAAACUACCCGGACAUGACAAUUUGUUGCUUUUCUUGCCAAACCACUCUAAUCAUUCCUGUUUUAUCCUCUUGGUGUUUGCACUCAACUGUAGGAAGAAUUUUUGCUAGUUCUUUGUUAUGGUUUUCUUUGUGCUAUCUUGUAUAAAUGUAAAAAUCAGUUUUGGUGCACAAGUUCUUGCAAGAGUUCUAAAACCAAAUUCUCAUAGGUCAAGGUGAUGCGACUAUGUGAGCAAGAAAAUGAAUCACAUGUUUAAUAGGAAAAGAUACCUUCAUCGACACUGAAAUAUUGUUAAACUAGCCCAUUAAAAUAUAGAACCUAAAAGCCUAGGAUGUUGUAUGCCACAGUGGAAGAUAAAAGUUGUUGCUACCUACCUUAGGGUUUUCCAAACCACAUAAUCAGUAGGAAAGAGUUGUUGUUGUGGAAAUCUCCGCAUAGGACCACUUAGGCGUUUAAGCUUCCCCUCCCACUGGUUUGAUCAACUAGAGUUACUUAAGCAGCCACCUACACGAUAGGGCUUCCCAGCUAAUUAUUGGGGAUUAAUCGACUUUAUCUGCUUGUUCUCAUUAAUUGUUGAUGGUACAUUUCAAGUAGUCGUUUAGAAAGGUAAUUCUACAUUUCUACCAAACAAUGUACCGUCAAUAUUUUGAUUUUCGUGUGUAUACAAUUAUGUGUGACUAUAUUUUACACAUAUAAUGAACCACUCGCUUGCUUAAUCCCUGUGUAGGCGAUUAAGUGCAAGAAAUUAACUUGAUCUGGAACAAGUCAAAGAAUAAGAAGCAAGUAUGUCUCUGCUAGAUGGCAAUGGAAGUCUUAUUUUUCCAAUUCAUGUUAAUAUGAUUUGCAGAUCAUGUUUAUUCCAAGGAAGCAUUCAAUCAUAUAUCUUUAACUUCACAUAAGCGUGUUUUGUAGACUGUAAUUGGUGCCUGUUUUAGAAGGCUAGAUUCUUUCUACAGAGCACUACUCUAAUGCCUGUCUUGGAGGAAGUUGGUUUUAGAUACAACAUGCGGGAAAAUAAUAUAUUUGACGAUUUUGGGAUAAAGGAAAACAAGUUACUAUUUAUCUUUAUUGGCGAGUGAAUCCAUAGUUUCUUUCAUCAAGUCACAAGGAGGAAGUUUUUGAUUUUUUUACGGGUUGAGUGGAUUUAUUCCUCGAGUUUUUGCAGUUACCUUGUUGGAUGCUCUAUAUUUUACCAUUAGCUCCAUUCAAAUUUUUUCUGCCAGAUAUCACUGUAAAGUAAUGUGGUUUAGGUUUUUUCUUGUGUGUGUAUGGUGGGUCGGGGGAAGGACCUUUGUGGAGUGAAUUUCCGGUUAGGUUUUUGCCAGUGACAUCAAUAGUGGAGGCUAUGUGCAUGAGGCACAAACAGGCUAUUCUUAUAGUGUUUAUCGAUGCAGAGAAGACAUCUUAGGGUCGAAGGAUAGAUGAGAAGAAUCCGCCCACAAUGUGUGCAGAUGUGAUCAAAGUCUCAAAGAUAUUUAUAAUGGCAUAGUAAUGUGUAUGAAGUGUAUGACAGUGAGUUGAAUGGUCUUCUUAGUAUCAUAAAGGCUACACCUACAGUUUGGUCAUCUUAAAUAUAGAUCCUUGGAUUCAUAAGUUUAAAGAGGAUGCUUGUGCUAAGAGGUUUUUGCGACAGACAAAGUUCUGAUCCCUAUGAGGCCUCAUCAUUAUGAAUUCUAGGUUUUUAUUUGUAGCCUUCCCUGAAUAUUUGGAAUAAAUUGAUUUUGUUGCAGGUUUGUUCAUAACUUCAUUUGUACAUCUUACUUAAUGAUUGAGCUAGCCUGCAUUUAUAUUCAGAAAGUUGAGCAGAAAAACAACUGGGAACCAUGGUCUUUGUGAGUUAGAAGUAUUGUACAUAGGUGGAUUUGGUUAUGGUUCUGCCUGUAACAUUGAUGUUAUGGGAGGUUGGGGAUUCUAGCAUGUUUUCAUGCUGAUGACUGAGGAUAGAUGUGAGCAACUGAUAGUAUUUGGUUCUGAUAUUCUGUUGGCAAAUAUGCACCGGGCAAGACUGUCUGAGGGGCUGAAUUAGUGGCAGGACCUGGUUGAUUGGAUGCUUUGUCAUGAAACCCAGCAAGGCACUUUCCAUUGACAUCUUCACUGGGGUUACUUUACAUGCAUCCUCCUUAAAAUGCUUUGUUAAGUUUCCUUAUGGAGAAAAGCUCCUUAAAAUGCUUGGUUAAGUUCCAUACAUGGGAAAAGCUUGCUGAGCAAAUUCCAGAAGAGAUUGAAAGAGUUAUGGUUGGGAUAGAAGCCUAUUUAAGUAUCAGAAGACGUGUUUCUGACGUUGGUCUAUCUGUCUUCGAGGAGAUAAACAAAAUUGAUAAAGUUCAUGUUGAACAGGAUUUUGUGGAAGACCUAUGGAGUCGAAUCCAAGAUCUCUCCAAGAACAGCUGGAAACUUGAGAGUGUUCCAAGGCCACAUCUUUUAUAUGAAGCACAGCUAGUAGCUGGGAAGUCUCAUGAUAUUGGACCCAUCAGUUGUCCUGAGCAACCAGAUACCCCUGGGGAACUCUCUGGAGUCAGUUUUGGUAGACAAAAGCACGAGGCAGAAUUGAAAUAUCCUCAGAGGAUACGAAGGCUCAAUAUAUUUUCUGCUAGCAAAACUGAGGAUCUACAGCCUAUAGAUCGUUUUGUUGUGGAAGAGUAUUUAUUGGAUGUGCUCUUUUUCUUGAACGGAUGUCGAAAGGAAUGUGCCGCAUGCAUGGUUGGCCUACCAGUUCCUUUCAGAUAUGAAUAUCUCAUGGCCGAGACAAUUUUCUCUCAGCUUCUUUUAUUGCCUCAGCCACCAUUCAAGCCCAUAUAUUACACACUUGUCAUUAUAGACCUUUGUAAGUCUCUUCCAGGUGCUUUCCCUGCAGUUGUAGCUGGGGCUGUCCGUGCCCUUUUUGAUAGAAUAAGUGAAUUAGAUAUGGAGUGUCGGACACGCCUCAUUCUUUGGUUUUCACACCAUUUAUCAAACUUUCAGUUCAUCUGGCCCUGGGAAGAAUGGGCUUAUGUCUUAGAGCUUCCAAAAUGGGCUCCACAACGUGUAUUUGUCCAGGAGGUUUUGGAUAGAGAAGUCCGUUUAUCGUAUUGGGAUAAAGUGAAACAGAGCAUUGAAAAUACCCCAGCUUUAGAGGAAUUGCUUCCUCCAAAAGGUGUUCCUGACUUCAGAUAUGGUUCAGAAGAUGAUGAUAAAACUGAGUAUACACUUUCAACAGAACUUAAUGGUAUGGUGAAAGGAAGAAAAACGGCACGUGAUGUUAUCACGUGGCUUGAAGAAAGUGUAAUCUCAGUCAAUGGGCUGGAUAUUGCCCUCAGAGUAGUUGUUCAGACCCUUCUGGACAUUGGAUCAAAGAGUUUUACUCAUUUGAUUACUGUGUUGGAGAGGUAUGGACAGGUUAUUGCAAAAAUUUGUUCAGAUGAAGAAACUCAAAUUACAUUAAUAGCGGAAGUUGGCUCAUUUUGGAAGAAUAGUGCUCAGUCAACAGCCAUAACAAUCGACAGAAUGAUGGGUUAUCGGCUUAUAUCUAAUUUGGCUAUUGUUAAAUGGGUCUUUUCAUCAUCAAAUGUCGAGCUAUUUCACACCACAGAUCGUUUAUGGGAGAUUCUCAGAAAUGCCCUUAAUAAAACAUACAAUCGCAUAUCUGAUCUAAGGAAAGAGAUUUCUCAUCUAAAAAAGAGUGUUAUAACAGCCGAGCAAAGUGCAGCAAAGGCUAAAGCUGAGCUGGAUGCUGCUGAGACCAAGCUCAUGCUUGUGGACGGCGAGCCUGUUGUUGGCGAAAAUCCCGCUAGGAUGAAACGUUUGAAAUCAAAUGCUGCAAAGACAAAGGAGGAGGAGGUGUCUACUCGUGAAUCUUUGGAGUCAAAGGAGGCUCUUUUUGCACGAGCCCUUGAAGAGAAUGAGGCCUUGUUUCUAUCUUUAUACAAAAAUUUCUCCAAUGUUUUAAUGGAACGCCUCCAUGAAACGUUUGGAGAGAAAACCUUGGAGCCUACUGGUGAUUCAGAAGCAAUGGUCGUCGAUGAAGAAGACACACCUGCAAUGGAGACGGAUAAAGAAAAUGGAAGCUCCAAGAGAAAUGCCGGUAGUGGCACCGAAUAUAUCGUAGAGGAGAAAGAACAAUGGUGUUUGUCAACUUUGGGUUACGUGAAGGCUUUUUCAAGGCAAUAUGCUUCAGAGAUAUGGCCACACAUGGAUAAGUUAGAGGAGGAAGUACUAACGGGAAGUGUUCAUCCGCUAUUCAGAAACGCCGUUUAUUCCGGUUUGCGUUUACACAUCGAUCAAUGAUUCUAGUCUGAAUUUCUUUCUUUCUUUCAGAUUCUGUGAAUCAAAUUCUGGUUGUACCAAACAUAUGAAUGUAAUGAUGUAGUAUUCAUAUAACAUGUGGGAUGGUUGCUACAACCACUAGGUGAGGUGGGUUGGGUUGGGUUGGGUUUGGUAGACUAGUAGUCUAGUGGAUAUAUGCCCAUUUUUUUAUGAAACAAAUUAAGGCUUUUAUGCUGUACCAAAUUAUGCAAUUUCUGACCUGAUAUGCACAUUCUGAAACUGAGUCAUUAUAGACA